UGCCCCCAAGCCCCUCGUCGCCAGCCGGGUGCGGUCCGCUGCUGCGGGGAAGGGGUCGCGCCUUUCCCUGGGCUGUGAGCGCCCUCCGGCCGUGCCCGCUGGGGAAUUACAAACACAAUGUAAAGUCAUUUCUCUCCCGCUCCCUUGCCAGCCCCAAGGAGCUGAGCCCCGAUGGCCUUUGAGACGAUCCGCCGGGGACGGGAGCGACUCAUCACCCUCCUGCUGCCAACCCCCGACCUCGUCUUGGACGAAGCGGCCUCGCUGGGGCUAGUCACUGAGGAGGAGUACGAGGCCUUGGAGAAGAUCUCGGAGCCCAGGGAGCGGAUCCGCCGGCUGCUGAUAAAGAUCCAGAGGAAGGGGGAGUGCGGCUGUGAGCAGUUCCUGGCAUGUCUGCAGAGCCUCUUCCCCGACUUCCCGCCGGAUUUACAGCCCCCGGCACGCCAGGGUGUAACACAGACAAACGAAGCAGAGAAUCCAGAAGGUAGCGAGUCCUCUGAGAAGACUGGACAAGAACAUUUAGAAGCUGAUGUAACCUCAUGGAGAAAGGAUCCAGAAAAUCCAGAAGGCGGCGAGUCCUGCGAGAAAACUGGACAAGAAAAUCUAGAAGCUGCUUUAACCUCAGGGAGGAAUGAUGCAGAAAAUCCAAACGUUGGGGAGUCCUCCGAGAAAGCUGGACAAGAAAAUCUAGAAGCGGCUUUGACCUUAGGGAGGAAUGAUCCAGCAGAUCCAGAAAGUGCUGUACCGCAUGAGGAGAAUGACCGUGGGAAUGCAAAACCAGAAGAUGCCAUGUUCUCAGAGAAGAACGAUCCAGAAAAGAUGGAAGAACCUAAGAUGCCGGGAGACGUGUUGUCAUCUGGGGAGAGACCAGUGACACCAACUUCUACCACAUCUCUAAUGAAGAGCAGAUCAGAAACCCUGGAAGCUGCUUUGCCCUCCAAGAAGAUUGAUCCUGAGAGUCCAGGAGGUGCCAGGCCUUCAGAGAAGGAUACAGUUGCGGUGUCCUGCGAGGGAGCUGAUGCUGAAGGGUCUGGAAGUCACCCCUGUUGUGGAGAAGAAGGGACGAGCGCAGCAGUAAAAGGGAACUUGGAAGACUCGGAUGUCUCCAUGUCAGAGAGCAGGCCCCAGACCCCAGAAGUUGCCAUGGUGAUGGAGAGGAGCGGAGCUGAGACACCAGAAGAUUCUGCAUCGGUGGGCAGGAGCGGAGCUGAGACACCGGAGACCUCUCCCAGCAAAGUUCCCGGAGGGAGAAGAGCUGUGAAGACCGUCCUGUCCAAGCUGAAACUCAGGAAGUUCAGAAGCCGGAAGCUGAGGCUGAGGGAUCUCCUGGAAAUCAGCCCAGAGAGCCUGAAGGAUUGGACUCCUCAUGCCUUGGUAGAUUUGCCUUGGAACUUCCUGAGGAAGCUCAUGGCUCUGAACGGGACAGCCAGAAGCACAAGCUUUGGGCAGGGGGCAUCUGACGAGGACACAAGUGAGGACGAGGAGGGUGGGGUGAGAGGGGACGUGUUCUCUCUGAGGGAAGAUGACUCUACGGUUUCUCUGCACCCCCUGGACGUUCUCUGCGCCGUGCUGCUUUGCUCAGACAGUUUCCUGCAGCAGGAGAUCCUGUCCAAAAUGUCCAUGUGCCAGUUUGCCCUGCCUCUGCUGCUGCCCGCCCUCGACUCCCCCAGGUGCACCCUGCUGCUGUGGGCCAUGCGGGACAUUGUGAGGAGGUGGCGGCCGCACUCCCUGGCACAGAGCCGAGGGUUCAGGGAGGAGAGCCUGGUGCUCACCCCAAUGCCAACCGUCUCCUUUGUGCGGCUGGGCAGCUGCAGCUUCUCCAAGUCCCAGCUCCUCAACGAGGUUCUCAGCCCCGCCCAGCAGCACCACGACUUCUUUGUGCAUCGGGACAUGGAGUCUGGGAAUGUCCCACGGGAAAUCGCCGAUGGGCUAGUUGAGAUUGCCUGGUAUUUCCCUGCCGGGCAAGAGAAUUUGGAUCUUUUCCCCGAGCCCGUUGCGGUUACAAACCUGCGCGGGGACAUCGAGUCACACUGGCUGCAGUUCAGCUUUUUAACAGAGAUCGCGUCAGCGGUGUUCAUCAUCACUGAGAGCAUCAGUGAGAGAGAAUACGCCCUGUUCUCCUCUCUGCAGGGAUCUACCACUCAGUACUACUUCAUCCUUAACAAUCAAGGUCAGAAUACCGAAGAGACAUUGGCCCAUCUCAAUAAAUUAGCCCUGCUGCUGGACAUGAACAAAUCGCAACUUCUUGUGAAACAGAAGAGCAACAGCGCGGAGCUGGUGAGAAAGCUACGAUCCACUCUGCGGGGCAUCAUCAGCUCCUCUCCCAAGACCACAAGCACCCGAGACAUGGCCGGGACAGCCCGGGAGCUUGGCAUCCAGGUGGAUGAAGACGGUGGAGCCUAUCGGACAGCACUGGAACACGUUGAAGAAAUCACUGCGGAAAUCCAGGACGUGGCGAAAUACAAGAAGGACGUGCUGAGGCUCCAAGGGGAUCUGUGGAGGAACUUGGCCAAAGUGGAGAAAGAGCUGUGCCGCAUGAAAGGCCAACGGGACGUCCCUCCAGAAGACUACCGGUCCCAGCUGAGAGAGCGGUGGUUGGAGCUACGCAGGCAGCAGAAUCAGUGUGACCUUACCAGCGGGAUGGUGAAAUUUAUUAGCGGGAUAGGACAACUGGGUCCAGCCGAGAAACAUCACUUUCUGAAAUGGAUGAAGUUCCACCUGGACGGCAUUGCCCGGGGGAACCUCUCUAGGCUCCGGGCUGAGUACAGAGAGAAAUGUCACGCUCUAGGGGACGAUGCCCAACAGUUGGCAGAACUAGAUGGACUCAUCUCGGCCAGCUCCCUAGGGCUGGAGCAUUUCAUGCGUGAGCUGGGGCAAUUUUACGAGGCCGAAUGGUCGAUGGUCAAAGAAGCGAAGAUGGGGAACAACCAAAGACAAUUCACCUGUCUCCCCGGCAUCGCGGCUGAGCUGAUGCUGGAAGGGUUUCCCAUGGAGCUGAUCGAUGGAGAUGCCUCCAACAUCCCCCUGCAGUGGGUGACUGACGUUCUGACUCAGCUCCAUGCCAAGCUGGGGGGAAGGUCCAGGAUGCUGGUUCUAACAGUGCUGGGAGUGCAGAGCACUGGGAAAUCCACCCUCCUCAACACCAUGUUCGGCCUGCAGUUUGCAGUGAGCAACGGCCGAUGUACACGAGGAGCCUUCAUGACGCUCAUUAAAGUUACAGAAGCUGUUCAGAAGCUAAGUGGCUGCGAUUUCAUCCUGGUGAUCGACACCGAAGGAGAGGACAGCUAUGAACACGACAACGAGCUGGCCACGUUAGUAAUAGGACUGAGCGACAUCACCAUCGUUAACAUGGCCAUGGAGAACGCCACGGAAAUGAAGGAUGUUCUGCAAAUUGUGGUCCAUGCCUUCCUCAGGAUGGAGCAAAUCGGGCACAAACCCAACUGCCAGUUUGUGCAUCAGAACGUCAGUGAUGUGUCUGCGCAUGAGCAGAACAUGAGGGACCGGAAACACCUCCUGGAGCAGCUGGAUGAAAUGACCAGAGCUGCCGCCAGGAUGGAAAAGCAAAGCAGGGAGAUGAAAUUUUCCGACAUCAUGGACUAUGACCCAGAGAAACACAGUUGGUACAUCCCCGGGCUGUGGCAUGGAGUCCCGCCCAUGGCCCCAGUGAAUAUGGGGUACAGUGAGAGCGUGAGGGAGCUGAAGAAAUACCUGUGUGAAUUCAUGAGACACCGAUCACCUCACAGACCCCCCAAGGACAUUCCCCAGUUCAUCGAGUGGUUGGGCAGCCUCUGGAACGCCGUGAAACAUGAGAACUUCAUCUUCAGUUUCAGAAACAGCCUGGUGGCCGAGGCCUACACCCAGCUGUCUGUGAAGUUCUCAGAGUGGGAGUGGGAAUUCCGCAAGGAGAUGCAUCUCUGGAUAUCCAAGGUAGAAACCACCAUCCAGAACCAAUCCCCAGACAACCUGGGUCCAGGCACCUUUGAGAAGCUAAGGCUGGAAGUCCACCAGAUGCUGCAUGAUGGGGAGCAGAAGGUGCUGCAAAAUCUUCAGAGCUACUUCGAGAGUGGAGCCGGGAACCUGCACCUGGUAGAGAAAUACAGAGAAGAUUUUCUUCGGAGCACGACAUUUCUCCGGCACGAACUGGAAAGCUAUUUGCUCUGCAAGUCCGAAGAGGCCAUUCGUAUCCAGAAAGGUCGGAGCAAGAUAGACCAUCUGCAGGCCAGGUACAUGAAAACCAUUGAAGGGAAGGUGGAUGGGCUCUUGCGGCAGUGCAGGGAGAGGGAGAAAGAGCUAAAUGAAAAGGAACUGAAAAAGGAGUUUGCCAAGAUGUGGAAGGAAACCAUAGCAGAGCUGCCGCUGGAGAGCUUACCCCUACGCCAAAUCCACAAAGACAUCCACUACCACCUGUGGAAGGACCUGCAGAACAGAGGGAGUUUGGUCAAGCAAGUGUUCCAUCAAGCCCAGAGCUUGCUCAGCUACCGAAACAAACCUUUCCGCAUCAAGAAGGAAUAUCUAGACUUGGGGUGGUGCAAAGCAGCGAUGGAGUUUAUAACCCAGCAAUGUUCACGUGAACUCGAAGAAUUCACAAAGUCCCUGGUGGAGGAAUGUAGAAGGUACAUUGGGCAGAAGGUCCAAUCUGGUGGGGAUUACGACCAGACUUACUGCGGGGAACUGCUGUGGCUCAUCAAUGACAGGCUCCAGCAGAAGAUCGGGGGAAACAUUCGCACCAGCGCGUCCUUCGAAGUCGACUUGAAGCUUCACAUCCUUGGGGAGGCAGCCAGCGCCUUCCAGCAGAUGCACGAAGAUUUCCUCAAGAAGAAUGACCCUCAGCGCCGCCUGGAAGAGCUGAGACCUCAGUAUUUCUCCACCUUCAGAGACCUUUACUACGAGAAAGAUGCCUGCCAGAAGAGGGCUUUUGAUUUCUGUGACCGGUGCCUGAAACCUGCCCUGUGGGACUAUAUGAAAAAGAGGCUGGGGAUUGAGAUAGUGGACGACUUUCUCAGCAGCGGAGAGUCCAUCGAGUACGGCAGCCGGAGCUUUUUCCAGUUCACCGUGCAGAAGAAACUGCUGGAGGAGAUGAACUUCGAUAACUAUGUGAAAUACAUUGUUGACUAUGAAGGGUUUGUCAAAUCCUGGAUCCAGACACGCCUCUUUGAUCACUACAGAGAGACCAGAGGUUUGGGGGAUCUGGAAGUCCAGGAUGCUCUGGAGACCUCUGAAUGCAAAGAAGCCCUCACCGUCUCUGAGUUCUUGGACCACUUUUGCCAAGCGAUGUGCAAGGAGCUGGUGAUCUCCAAGGACAGUUUGGAGGUGAUUCUCUUCAUGAACACAGCUAGCGUUGGACAGUUCUUGGCCGAUAUCCAGGCCUUCCUCCCCCAGGUGGAAGAAAGCGUCCUCUCAGGGUGGGAAGAACUAGCAGGGGACAUGGUCUUCACACAGCUCCAGUUCCAGCCCCAGGAUGAGAUUUUCAAGCGCGUGUUCGGCUGCGGGAAGCAGUGUCCAUUCUGCAAAGUCCCCUGCGAAGCAGGCGGAAGCGACCACAAGGAGCAUUUUGCAUCGGUGCAUCGGCCACAAGGGCUGGGGAAUUUCAGGGAGGAGACAAGUAAAAGGCUUGUGUAUUCUUUAUGCUCCUCUGAUGUGGUUUCUGGCAACUCAUUCAGAGGCCUGUUCACAGCCUUCCAGUGGCAACCCUACAAAGAUUAUCGCCGAUUCUUCCCCACCUGGCGCAUCCAGCCGGACCCCAGCAUCAGUGCCUCGGAUUACUGGAAGUUCAUAUUCAGAAAGUUCAAUUCCCAGUUUGCCAGGGAGUACGACGCCUUGCCUGCCAAUCUCCCGCCGGAUUGGAAAAAAUUAACCAAGGAGCAGGCUCUGCAGAGCAUCCGAGAGGCCUUUAACAUGGAAUAGGGGCUCUGUGUUACGGCGCAGUCUUUAAUUCCAUAACAAGGCACCAUCGAUCUUAAUCCUGCUGUCUUGUAGCUUCCCAUGGCUUGAUUUGCCACCUGAAAGGACAUCCCUUCUUCGUGUGUAAUUGCCUUGGUUAAAACAAAAUUAAAUUGAAAAGAAAGCAGCUCCCUUGUGUGACAUCGUAUCGGCACUUCCACGGCUCCUCAGCAGGGCUGCGACCUUUAGACACCCCGCACACACCUCUGCCAGUUAAUCUGAGUAACCAAUAGCAGUUGUAGGUUGUUCUCCUCCAUGGCGACCAGCCACCACAAGUAAGUGAGGGACGUACUUUGCCAUUGGGUUCUUAUUUGCAGACAGCAGAGGACUGGGGAAACUCAGGACUUCUGGGAUCGUUCCCUGGUUCUGUGGGAAGUAUGCCCUAGCGGUCAUGUCAUAGACCCCUCUGUGCAUCCAUCACCCCCAGCUCAACCUCUUCUGACCAAUCCCUUCCAAUAAGUCUGCACCAAUCCUGGUCUCCUCCUUCGUUACACAUUCCAAUCCCCAACUGAAAACAGCAUCAUCAUAGGUCAGACAAUUAUUGCUAUGGGGGAUGCUACCAGCUGUGCCUAUAAUAUAUCUCUACCCUGGGCUUCUUCCCACGGGGAGGCAGAAAUAUGGCAGAGACAUUUCCCUGAUGGUAGGUUGGUGGGGUCUAUAAAAUCCUGGCUGAUGUGGAGAAAUUAAGAACACGUUAUUUAUUUGUUCCCAAAACAUAACUAGAGGUCACCACAUGAAAUUAAUGGGAAGCAGGUUUAAAACAAACACACAAAUAUUUUUUCCACACGAUGCAGUCAGCCUGUGGAACUCCUCGCCAGAUGAUGCUGUGAAGGUCAGAACUAUCACAGAGUUAAAAAAUAACGAGAUAAAUUUAUAGAGGACAGGUCCAUCAAUAGCUAUUAGCCAGGAUGGUGGCCCUAUACUCUGUCAG